AUGGUGUUAACACUUGUGGCAAGGAGCAGUUCAGAAGAUCCUACUAGUAAAGAAUGUUGUUCCUUCUGGGAACUAUUAUCUAUGUCAGCCCAUGACAUGGUUUUACAGGGAGCCAUUGAAGAGGAGAAUUUAAACUUAUUCAACUUUCCUAAUUAUUUUCCUUCUCCUGAAGAAGUAAAGUGUAUAAUUAAUGGUGAAGGUUCAUUCACAAUCAAUCAACUAGAGACAUUUCACGUUAGUUGGGAUUGUAGUGAUCCCAAGGGAGAUGAAUCAGUGACAAACAAGUUAAGAAGUGCCUAUUACAUGGCUAACGUCUUCAGGGCAGUGUCAGAACCCUUAUUAGCAAAUCACUUUGGGGAGGAGAUAAUGGAUCUAUUGUAUGACAGGUUCAGGGAAAGAAUGGCAGAAUAUGCAACUAAAGAGAAAACCGAGUUCACUACCCUAGUUAUCUCCAUGACUAAGGGUCACAAACUACCUAUUUCUGAAGUAUAA